AUGGCAGUUGUUGAGGUAAUUCCCAACUCCAAGGCUAACCAUGGAGUAGGACGUCCCCAAGCUCUUCAUUCCUUGGGGCGCCUGAUCAUAGAAAAACUCAAUCUUUGCCACUUCCAAGAAUGCAUCCGCAAUCCCCAUCAACACAAACUGCGGCAGCAGAAUAAAAACAGACACUUGUUCUUGCUCGUGUCCCAUCCUCAUCCUCAUCCUCAUCCUCCUGUGGCUCUCGGUGAAAGUUGCAACCACCAUUAUGAUAAUGUGAAUGAGCAUGCCAAUCCCCAUUCUCUGGAGGAGGCUGAUUCCGCGUGGGUCCCCAGUCCAUCUGCGCAGGAUUCUCACGAGGAUGCGGUCGUAAAGCACAACCGAUACCAACAUGGAUAUUGUGACAAACGAUGCCAGGCUGGCGGGGGGAAUCUCAUGCCUCCCACCGAUGCUUCGGUCAAGAGUCGUGCCUUGCUUCACGAACAACGUGGUUACCUGCGAGAUCAUUGCAGUCGGGACGAAGGUGGCAAUCAGGAUCGGUAUCAUUUGGAUCAUCUGUUUUGUUUCCUCAACAUGGGUCACCGGGCAUAG